CUAAACCUUCAGUUCCGGGCCGUAACGCACGCCGGUCGCCGUUUAUAAAGUACACGAUUACGAAUACGAAUUGUCAACGCGACCAAAAAACAUUCCUAAGGUCACAUUGGGUUUGAGUCAACAUGGACUUCCAAAACCGCGCUGGAGGGAAAACGGGCGGAGGGGGCGUGGCCUCGCAGUCAGAGUCUAACCGCGACAGGAGGGAGAGGCUGAGACAGCUUGCCUUGGAAACCAUCGAUCUCAAUAAGGAUCCUUACUUUAUGAGGAAUCACUUGGGAUCUUAUGAAUGCAAGCUUUGUUUGACAUUACACAACAACGAAGGCAGUUACUUGGCGCAUACCCAGGGCAAGAAGCAUCAAUCUAAUCUAGCUCGUCGAGCAGCGAAGGAAGCCAAGGAUGCCCCCGCCCAGCCAGCGCCGGAGAAGUCUCGGGUCGAGAUCAGAAAAUUUGUCAAGAUUGGGAGGCCAGGAUAUAAAGUUACCAAACAGAAAGACCCUGAUAAUGACCAACAGAGCUUAUUAUUCCAAAUUGAUUACCCUGAGAUAUCAGAAGGAACCUACCCCCGUCAUCGCUUCAUGUCGGCUUACGAGCAGAGGAUCGAACCCCCAGAUAAGAAGUGGCAGUAUCUCCUCUUUGCCGCCGAGCCGUAUGAAACCAUUUCAUUCAAGGUUCCUAGCAGAGAAGUUGAUAAGAAUGAGAACAAGUUCUGGACUUCAUGGAACAAGGAAACGAAACAGUUUUUCCUACAGUUUCAUUUCAAGAUGGAGAUCAAGCCGAUGGUCCCUCCCCCGCCCACCCCCAGUGCUCUGAAAGGAGCCCCUCAUAUUGGAGAGAAGCCCCCUGUCCCCCCGAUACCCCCCGCUGGUAUGCCUCCACCGGGCAUGCACCACGGUCCGCCUGGAAUGCCACGCCUUCCUCCACCCCCCAACAUGCCCAUGCCCCCGCCCCCUCCAUUCCCCAUGCCCCCUGGAAUGAUGCCUCCCCGCCCGAUCCCUCCCCCGCACUCCAUGCCCCUCCCACCGCCCCCGGUUCCCCCGCCCAGCGGCGGCCCCAUGCCCCGGUUGCACCCCCCUCCGCCCCCUCCACCCAACAUGCCCCUCCCCCCCCCGAACAUGGGGGGCAACCUUCCCCUACCCAUCCCCCCUCCACCCCGACCCCCAAGCGCGGUCUCAUCAGCCGGGGUGCCUAACUUCCUGCCUCCCCCUCCUGCCCCACCCCCGAUGCCCCCUCCUCCCAGCAUGGAUCUACCAACAUCGGAAGACAAGACUUCAACCAGCGAAACCUCAUCAUCAUCAUAGUUUAAAGCUUUUAAUAAGUUAUGGUUAUUCUGUAGAAUACCUGUUUUCAUAAGUCAAUUCAUUUUCAGAUAAAUUUUAAGAGUUUAUCAUAAACUUCUUGCUGUGUGAAAGGCGUGAUCUAGACAUGAAAAUUAUGGGUGAAAUUUCAAAUUAAAAUGUCCAAAUUCGAAUCAGGAUUGUUACAAAUUACAAAAUGAAAUCUGUAAUGUUUAUUUUGGGGAUAUUAAAAACCAGUUCUCGGGCAUGAGAUGCUCACAAACUUCAGGAUAUAACCUUUGUGAAGCGAUUUCUGAUUUGUACUUUCUUUAUUUGUAAGAUUUAGUGCUUGAAGCUUGAAGGAACUUUAUUGAAGAAAAUCUACCCAGAGAAGAUGCUUAUUCUUUCAGCGAAAUAAUCAUACAUGUAUAUCAAAAUUUAAACUGAAAUGAAAAAGAAGAAAUUAUCUCUUGAAAUGAAUUGCCCCAUGCCAGUCCGAGUCGGGACGAACGACGACCAAGAAGCAUCUGUCGAAAGUUGGUGAAUCAACCACCAGUUUCCUCCUGGAAUCUGUACAAUUGACAUGAUGAAGCUGCUCUUUCUGUUCAACAAUUUUCAACAACAAUUCCCAGCUGUUCUUCGUCAUUUGAUGGGCAUUUUCAAUACAUUUACCUUUAUUGAAGGAAAAUCUAUACUACUACCAAGAGAGGAUGUUUAUUCUUUCAGGGAAAAAAUCAUAUAUCAAAAUUUAAACUGAAAUGAAAAAGAAGAAAUUGUUUUUUGAAAUGAUAUUUCAGUCGUAACCCCCCAAAAGAUCAAGCUCAUGUUUUUGUCACCUUCAAUAUGUAUAUUAGGGUGUGUUUAUGCUUCCAUUGCGAGGACAGAAUCAGCGUUUUCAAACGUCGGUUCAAAACGCCGAUCGUAAACGUGGUUCUGGGAGUGCUGUUUAUGCUUAACUUUUCAGAGACGAAAUCACGAUCUCCAGCUAGCUUCGCAUCGUAAUUUUCGUUGAGCAGGUAAGCGAGGCCAAGUUGGGCGCGCCCCUUUUCGAAAGUUUUGUUUUGACUGUUAUAUAAACAUCAACCAAUUUCCGAUAUUUUAGUCAAUGCAUGGAGCUUCUUGAUAUAGCCAUAUAAUUUCCACCAUGGUGAGGAUAAUAGUAAGAAAAAAUAAAGAAUAAUAAUGUAUACAAAAUAAUAAAAUAUCUAUUUGUUUAUGCUAGUGGGGCAUCUGGCGAUGUCUCUUCAUUAUAACUCGUGUUCCAGGUUUUUUAAUGUAAAUCCCUCAACGUACGUCGUGAUGACAAAUUGGAAGAGUUAUACUAGUAAUAGUACUACACAUACAAAACAAGGGAGAUGAGAGGUAAUUCCGUGGAGGUAACAUGCGACCAUGGAGCAAUGCGACUGUAUUUGCCCGCGGAUUUUCAUCUCACCGGAAGCAUGUACCAAAUGACGUCAUUUAAACACGUUUACGAUCAUGGUUCUGUUUAUACUUCCCCAGAAAGCCUGAUUCUGGUCAAACGACGUUUACAAACGCACUUUUUUGUGAGUUUACGAUCGGCCUUUUGAAACAGCGUUUAAAUGAAAGUAAGCAUGGACGCAACCGUGUUUUGGACUAAUCACGAUUGGAAACGCUGAUUCUGGCCUGAAAAGUGGAAGCAUAAACACGGCCUUAAACCAAGAUGAUUCCCUGUUGGUAUCGUUUCCUGAAUGUGUUUCUUUCUCGUCAUACAUACAGGAUUAGGAAUAGUAGUCGGUCACUAAUAUCCAGUGACGUAAUAUUUUUCAAUUUUGCGACAUUUUGUCUUUAUGCUGUACAUUGUAUUUCUUUGUUGUAUUUUUUUAAUUCUUUCCCCGCUUUGUAAAUAAUCCAUAAAGGGAUCAAUAAUUGUUUGAAAGGGAGGGUAAGAUCCAAUAAGUCUGCUGUUACAUAUCAAGUUUACAUACAGAAGGCCUUAACUAAAAGAAAUGUUAAUUUGAGAUCAGGGCCCCGUCUUACAAAGAGUUACGAUUGAUCCAUUCAACCACAACUAUGGAAAGCCAGCAACGUCAUUAUCUAAAGUAUAUUGUAUGUCUGUUUGGAAUAUUUUCUAGAUCUAUAUUCAUAUAUUCAUAUUUUUCCCGAAAGUUCAGUGUGCUUCUCUCUGUUUUCAAAGGACAUUGUGCUUAUUUCCUGAAGAAAAAAGUAUGACAUUGAUGGAUAUACCUGAGGUUGAUCGGAUCAACUCUUUGUAAGACAGGGCCCAGGAAUGAUUUAUCAUUUCCGACCAUGCAAGUCUAAUUUAAGUAGUGAAAUUUUUGUUUCACGUCGUAGGCUAUCGGGGGUUGAAUUGAAUAUGGGCAUCGCAGAUUUCAGAAAGUGUGUACAAGUUACUGACUUGAUUGGAACCGAAAGGACCGCAUAAAUCUGUUUUUCAUUUUGGC